AUUGGACAUGAAACACCUGCCAACAAGGGUCCAAAGCCAAAAAAACAACAGGAAACAUCAAAAACUACUACAAUUGAAAUACUACGUGUUGUAAGAAUGACAAAUAUACAUGAUGCAGUUGUUUCGGACUAUGUAGAAGAGAACGAGACACCAAAAUCACCUCAACUUCCAAAAUUACACUCACCAAAACAAACCAAAAAAAAAAAUAAGAAAAAAAAUAACAAACCAAAUAAUAAUGAUACAGAUAUAGUACUACCAGACAUUCCAAUCAACAACACACCAAUUCCAACAAAAGAAACAAAAAAUAAUCAUCAAAACCCCACAAAUAGGGCUACCUCUUCUAGAACAAAUAUCAAACCACCAACUACAUAUACUCCAUCAAAACAUAAUCAAAAGAAAGUCCCCGGUUAUGCCACCGCUAAUCAUGUUUCUAACAACAUCGCCCGUGCCGCUCACCUGAGCUUAUUUCUUCCAAAACCCUCCGAUAUACACUACUUUGGUCCCCAUUUUAGUAGAUUGUGUGUCAACACUAUGGUACUCUGCGUAUCAUACACCAUUCAACCGAAUCACCCUUAUGAUUAG